AUGCCUUUGCCGACCACUUCCUUAGAAACGUCCAGGAAUCCGCCCGAGGGCACACUGAUCAAUGCGCUUGACUAUGUGACAGGAGAGCACCCACUCCUACCUGAAUCUACGGAUUUAGUUCUUCGCGAUGCGGAAUCUUUCAAAAAGCAGGUUAUGCAACACGAAAAGUUUUGGUGGGACGUUUUCGUCUGUAUGCAGCAACGCGUGCAGGCCAGCACUGGCUCAGAACCUACCGAAGCACACCCAGCUUUUACCAGCGAUACCUCUCCACAUGAAGAGAGCUCGACCGAGAAGAUAAAUCAAAGGGUACUCGGCAGUGAACUCGGUAAGAUCGGCAAUAAGGAAAAUCCAAGUCUCAGGCCAACCGCCAACCCAUCUGCGAGAGGCACUUUUCCCGACAUGAAGCCUGAGGCUUCUAAAUCGAGGUUUACUCAUGGUCAAAGCAUCCCCGAUCAUGCACGGCUCCUUCAGGACUUCUCGGAGUUCCAGCAGCGGUUACAACUACUGCUGCGGAGAUUGGAUGAGCAAGAAGAAACAACGAGAUUGUGGAAGAGUCGGGCCGAAGACAAUUUUUGCAAGCUCACCGUGCUUGGAAAGGCUGCCCUUGAUGCCAUUAGUGAUGCGGAAAAAGCCACACAGCUCAGGGAGCUUUUGGCAGAAAGCGGGGCUGCGCGUCCUGCGAUCCCGCCUUACCCUAUUCCCGGUCACCUCCUAGGACUCCCAGGAUUUAUCAGCAGUUUGCUAUUCCCGUACUGUAUCUAA